AUGCAGCAUAAGGAGGGACCACCUCUGCCAUUAACGCAGCCUCGGGAUCGGGCCGGGCGUUUUGUUGAUCAGGAUGAGACUGUUUUUUCCGCGUUUCUCCCUCACAUAAAGCUCAUGAUCGUCAUUUUUGCAGCUGUUUCUGGAUUUAUGAGCCCCUUUUCUAGUAAUAUUUAUGUUCCCGCCUUGGAUACUAUUAGCAAAGAACUGAGUAUUUCAAGGGCGGACACUUUGUUGUCAGUGACUACAUAUCUAAUCUUCCAAGGCCUAGCGCCUUCGUUUUGGGGGCCUCUAUCCGACACGCUGGGAAGAAGGCCGAUUUUGUCAGGGGCACUCGUUGGCCCAUGCAUUGCACCUGUCGUUGGCGGUCUAGUCACUCAACGAUGGGACUGGCAUGCUAACUUUUUCUUUUUGGUUGCGUUUGGAGGGCUUGUGAACCUCUUGCUGGUCAUUUUUCUACCGGAGACACUAAGGUCGUUGGUCGGUGAUGGAUCAAUGCGUCCGUGCGGCAUAUGGAAGACGAUAUUUCCUAUGAGACUAACAGCAUCUUCCGGCUCGGACCUAUCUGAAGCCCCCCUGAUGGAAAAACCUCCUCGCUUCAAUAUUCUAAAAAUGGGGUUCGAAAAGCCGUGGCUUGUGUAUUCUCAGUUGGACAUUCUUUUACUUAUAAUCUCUUAUUCCGUUCCAUUUUCUGUGUUUUCCGUCACAUCCUCCAUCUUUUCUCCCACGCUGGCUUCCAAUUACGGCUACAAUCAUAUUAUAAUUGGCCUAUGUUAUCUUCCUCUCGGGGCAGGCUUUGCAGUAGGGAGCAUAAUUGCCGGACGCCUGAUUGAUUGGGAGUAUGCACAAGCCAAGAAAAAACACGGCAUCAGUCUGAAUUUAUUCAAAGCGCGUCUAAAGCUGGGUCCAAUUUUCAAUGCAAUCUUCUGUUGUGGCAUACUCGCAUUCGAGUGGUGUUUACACGAACGAGUUCAUAUUGCUGCACCACUGGUCAUCAUAUUUUUCACCAUGAUGUCAUCCAUGAUCUAUUUUACCGCCAUGUAA